GAGAAUGACGGUGACGGCUUCGAUCCCGGCGAUGUUGGCACUCGAGACUACGAUGAUGCGACAGACCAAUCUGGAAAGAGGCAUGCACCCAGGGCCGGCACAUUGGUGAAGGUCCUUGGGAUGGUGGUUCUGGUGGAACUGGAACUGCUCGUCAGGCGCUUUGUGUUUGAGGGGGGUGGUUUCGUGUCAGACAACAUUGAUCCAUCGAUAUUUUCGACGGCUGGCAUUGGUGGCCGCGCCGGGCCCUACCGCUUGGAUGUAGGGCAGGAGCUUGUGAUGCUCACGGAAGAGCAGAAAGAGGAGGUCUCAGAAGAAUGGCACAACAAGGCCCGGCAGAUGGCAGAUGAGGCAUAUGCACACCGGUUGAGCGAGUUGAAGAUGAGCGCCCACGACGAGUCUGAGUACCGUCGCUUGCUUCAGCCUGUGGAGGCACAAAUCUCUGCAUUCCGGUUGGUGCUCCAAAGCCACGAGGCGAAGGAGCGAGAGCGAAGUUGGCAGAAGCAGCAGACCCAGGGCGAACUGGACGAGAUGCGCCUUGUGGACGGCAUCGCAGGGGCUCGAAACAUCUACAGGCGCCGGGCCAUGGCGGAAGAAACAGGAGGUGAGCAGGUGCUGCCGAAGCGCAUUAAAUUCGUGAUGGACUGCAGCGGGUCUAUGUAUACUUUCAACCGCAUCGAUCAGCGCCUGCAGCGGUUAAUGGAAGCCUCCAUAUUUAUCUUCGAGAGUUUCGCUGGCUUCGAGUACAAAUACGAGUAUGCCAUGGUGGGACACAGCGGAAGUGGCCCGGAAGCAGAAAGCCUCGUCGCAUGGGCGAAGCCCCCGAAGAGUGCGAAGGAGCAGCUGGCCAUCGUGAAGCAGAUGGCGGCCCAUGCGCAAUAUUCUCACAGUGGAGAUCACACCCUGGAAGCUACCGACCGCGCCAUCAAGGACGUGCUGCGAAAGCCUGCGGAUGAGUACUACGUAUUUGUUGUGAGCGAUGCCGACCUGGCGCGGUAUGGGAUCUCGCCUGCUGCCUGGAACAAGAUCCUGAUGCAGGACAAGCGGGUAAACGCUUACGUAAUCCUCAUCAGUUCCAACACCGACGAAGCGGAAACGAUCAAGUCGGGAUUGACUGCAGGACAUGGCUUCGUUUGUGAUCAUAAUGACUUGUUGGCCGUGACUUUCAAGCAGGUCUUCUCAGUGACCAUGCUCCGAAAUCGAAAGUAG